AUUCGAACUGCCAACCUUUUGAUUGGCAGCAGUAACACUUAACAACUGCGCCACGAGGGUUUUAGCAUAAGUUGUCUGAAGUCAUAAAGAAAAAUGCUUUGCAGCUCCAUGUGUUUGCCAUUGGUGCUGGCAGAAAAUAACAUAAGGGAGGGCAUUUGAUGAGGUUUAUUUUUCCUUUGCAGAAACAGCGGGAACAUGAAGUCACCACUCUGGGUGUUUAUUAUGUAUCUGCUGUGGUUGAAAGAUUGUCAUUGUGCACCUACUUGGAAGGACAAAACUGCUAUCGGUGGAAACCAGAAGAGUUUUUCUGAGUCCGGGGAGAUGGAGGUAGAUGAAGGGGUGAAGGCUUUGAUUGGUAUGAAGCAGAUGAAAAUCACGAUGGAAAGAAGAGAGGAAGAAUAUGCGAAGCUAACGGAAACUCUGAAGAAAUGCAGAGCAGAAAAACAGGAGGCCCUGAAACUCAUGAAUGAAGUUCAAGGACAUCUGGAAGAGGAAGACAGGCUAUGCCAGCUGUCUUUGACAGAUUCAUGGGAUGAGUGCAAGUCUUGCCUGGAAAGUAACUGCAUGAGAUAUUAUACAACCUGCCCACCUAUUUGGUCCUCGGCAAAAAAUACAAUUGAGCAUUUUUUCACAGCAGUAUAUCAGUGUUUCUUUCCUUUCCAUGAGGAUAACAAAAGCGAUCUCCCCAUCAGUAAAAACCUCAUUGAGGAAGAAGUAGAAGUGGCCCAAAUAGAGGAUGUGUUCAGCCAGUUGACUGUGGACGUGGGAUCUCUAUUUAGCAGAAGUUGUAACGUCUUCAAACAGAUGCAGCAAGAAUUUGACCAGGCUUUUCAAUCAUAUUUCACAUCAGAUACAGACUUAGUUGAGCCUGAAUUUUUUCCAGCUUUAUCCAAAAGACCAAUGAAGAAAGCAGAUCUUUUGCAGAGUUGGUACAUUCCCAACUUCUUUCAGCUGUUUCGUAAUUUCAGUCUCUCAGUUUAUGAAACUGUCCAUGAAACCAUUGCUGGGGCUCUGAAUGUGAUGGAGGACUUACCAAAACAAAACCAAGAUCUCCACCUUGGAGGCUUGAUGUCAAAGUUGUUACCUGUGCCCAAGAGAGGGCUGUGUGGACAACUGGGCUGGAAUUUGUCGGGAUGUUUUAAGUUUCAUAAAAGAUGCCAAAAAUGUCAGGAUUACCUGUGGAGAGGUUAAAUAUUAUUUUCUUAGAGUUUUCAUAGCAUUCUGGCCAGAGGUCAAAAACUCACUUAUAUAAGCACUGUGCAUUCAUUUGCUUUCCUUCAAGCACAUUUAUCCAUCUGGGGUGCUCCAUGUAGGUUUAAA